GUCAUCCGGAGCUUCGCCAUCCUCCCACAGCUCUACACUGAAUCUGAAGCAUAACACAAUGGGGCUGUAAUGUCAACUGCGCCGGAGAUCAGAGCAUCUUCUGAAGAGCACUGAGACUGUGUAUGGAUCUUAUGAUGAUGAAAAAGAAGAAAUUCAAAUUCAGGGUUGAUUUUGAGCUGGACGAAUUGUCGUCGGUCCCCUUCGUCAACGGUGUCCUCUUUUGUAAAAUCAGGCUGCUGGACGGCGGGUUCUCCGAGGAGUCCUCUCGGGAGUCAGUGCAGGCCAACUGUGUGCGAUGGAAGAAGCAAUUUUCUUUCCCCUGCAAGAUGAGUGCAAAUGCAGGAACGGGCGUGCUGGACCCCUGUGUGUGUCGUGUGUCCGUUAGAAAGGAGCUUAAGGGUGGAAAGGCAUAUGCAAAGCUUGGUUUUGCAGAUCUGAAUUUAGCAGAGUUUGCCGGCUCAGGGAAUACAACCCGCAGAUGUCUGCUGGAAGGCUAUGAUACCAAAAAUACUCGGCAGGAUAACUCUAUUCUCAAGGUUAUCAUAAGUACACAGCUCAUGUCAGGGGAUCCCUGUUUUAAAACGCCUCCGUCCACAGCCACAGUGAUUGGGAUCCAGGGUGACGGAGACAGCCUGCUGGAGGAGAGAAGGGGAGGGGACUCACAGAAAGGCUGUUCUGAAAGUCGAGAAGGGAAGUGUCCCGUUGCGUCGGAUGAGCUCGGAGGCUGCGGCCACUCUCGAACGUCCAGCUAUGCCAGCCAACAGUCCAAACUUUCAGGCUACAGCACAGGUCACUCCCGCUCAUCCAGCAUGUCAGAGUUCAGCCACCGGAGAAAUCACUCAGUGGGCAGCGCGUCAACGGGCAUCGGAAGCAUCCCGGAGCCCAGCGAGGACCGAGAGUCCAGACCAUGUCCAGCCUUGCCUGAACACCCAGUCUCCACAGCCACCGCUAGCAACCCACCAGGCACACCAGUGCAGAGUGCUUCAUCCUGUGAACGACUGAACAGACAUCCUGUGAAACAGGACUCCAUAGAGUCUCAGCUAAAGAGAAUGGAUGACACGAGGGUGGACGCUGACGAUGUUGUGGAAAAGAUUCUACAGAGUCAAGAUUUUACGCCCAGCCUACUGGACUCCAGUGCUGAAGAGGAAGGUCUGCGUCUAUUUGUUGGGCCUGGAGGAAGUACAGCUCUUGGUAGCCACCACCUUCCCACCAGGGUUGGUGCUGGAGCGUACGAGCAGGUGGUGAUCAAGCGUUAGACCCGGAGCCUCUCGUGGUGAUAUGUCUGUUUUGUCUUUAUUCUACAGCAUACACAGUACUAAACCUAAACACUCUGAAACAUCAACAUUAAACAGUGCCCCCCUGUGUUCAUAUCGUAUACAUGACACUGUGGCUGCUCAGGUAUUUUUAGGAGUGAGAACUGGACAGAUCGUCUUGGUGUAAGCGCAUACAGCUGCAGAUCAGGAGGAAGACAUUGAUCAAAUUAUUUAACAACACUGAACACGAAUUAAUCUUGGCUUUCUGAGCUGAAAUUCUGUUUUGUUUGGGUGUAGGAAACUUUGUGUGCAUUGCAUCGUCUCAACGGUUUAACAGAAGUUAUGAUUAUUAUUUACCUUUGAUCGUUGACAACAGGAUGAGCUUCAUGUGCAUCAUCUUAAAUGACCUGAUAUUAACUGAAAACAGUGUUUUAAUACAUUCCUGUUUCAAUUUCCCUUUAAAAAUAGGUUUAAAAUUAACCUGUAAGCUGCUACAAAGCUGUAGUUAGAAGUCUGACAGACCUUAUUGUUUUUAAAAAGCAAGACUAUUUUACUACAAAAGCAUCAGAUGUAAGCUAUUUGAUCUGUGAUUGUCAAUGCUGAGUGUAUGCACUUGUGAAUUUGCCAUGCGAUAAGGCCACUUUUAUUUAUAGUAACUCCAACCAUUGGAUGAACAAAGGGAUAUGAGAUAUGAUGUCUUGUAAAUAAGGCUAUGCUCGUAGUGGCAAAGAGAAAAAGGGAAGAACAACUUCAUUAUAAGUGCUAAUAUUGGACCAUGUUAUUUGUUUGGCACACUUCAGAUUUCUUUUUAAAGAAAAUCUUAGUGCAUUUACAUCACCUUAUGAACAAAAGUAUAACUGAAGAAAAUUAAAAUUUCUGUUCUGUUUUUAACCACAGAGUACCCAUGCUUUUCCAACUGUGCUGCAACACUGAGUUGACCAAACAAGCUCAAAUUAGUGAACAAAUAAGAAAUCUGUUGACACAUCAACUGUUUGACUUGUGCAUCUGAUGCAUAAUCAAUAUUUUACAUUCACAUUAGACAGCAAAGGACUCAUUAAGUGAUCCACUGCCAAGGCUUUAUUCAGCUGAAACUGUAUUUUUAAAGGUCCAAGGUAUUACCUUAGUUAUUUAUACAUUGCCUAGCUUUGCAUCAAAGGCUAGAACCGAUGACUGCCUUUCAUUCACAGAGUUACUAAUACAUUAUUAGUGCUACAGAGAAAAUCAAUUUUAAAGAAUAAAUCUGGUGAGUUUUGAAAUCCUCACAGUGUUCUGUGUGUAGACCAUUUGCAUUUUUAGCCUUAGUUGGACAGUCUAUUAGAACAAAUUAGCCAAAGUACACAACAGAGCUAUUACUAAGAAGCCUGACAGGACUAUGCUUAAAGAGAAUUCUAGACACAUAACUAGUGAAAACAAACCACAUAACAUGUUUUAUCAUCUGUCUCCUGUUGUCAUAGUAUCUAUAAAAACCAUAAACAUCUUACAUCAUUAGUUAGCGUUCUCCAUUUUAUUUUUGUAUCUUCUGCAUGAUUGUGGUGUCUAUCUGAAGAGAAUUGCUUUAGCAAACUUUCCCAUCUUUAGUUGGUCACAUCUUAAUGGUUUUUCCUAGUUGAUAUUGUGUCAUCUAUUUCCACAUAGAAGGAACAAUUUGCUUGCCUAUUAAGUUUGUGAAUUCUUUUUGUAAAGCAGAUAUCUGCACAAGUGUUGAUGUGUGAAGUAACUGCAAAUCAGUGUUGUUGUUUUUUGUUUUAUGAACCUCGUAUAAAAGACUGAGGGCCUGCUGGCGGGUCAGCAGCUGUUUUCUACUAAAAUUUGCUUCAUAAACAAUUUUAGAAGCGAAAGCACGUGACAUACCAUUAGAAAACUGAGAUUCUUGCAGUAAAGCAUUUAACAAUAGUGACCACAGUGGGUACAGUGAUAUAAGAAAUCAUAAAAUGGAGGCAAAUUACCUAAAAUCUCAGAUUCUGGUAAUCCAUUAAUAUUUUCCCACAAAUUGAUGUUUGCAUUAUCAUUCAGCUAGCAGUUAAGCUUCAUCUUUAACGUAUUCUCUCUUAUAAAUCUGGUCAACUGGCAAACUUUCUCCAAACUAAUUUCAGUUCCACAGUCUUUAGCUAUUGAUUAACAUCUCAUUUGCACCUGUGUGAGCUCCCUCGUCUUCUCCACAGGCUUUAAUAGAAAAAAGUAAAAAAGAAAAACAAUCCAACACAAUUUUUGCUGUUCUAUUUACGUUUGAACUAAGACAGAAUGUGCUGUCAUUGAGUUUCUCACUAACAGGUCAUAAUUUAAGCAAUCUUAAAAAUAAAUUUUAGUAGUGUCAUUAAAAUAUCUCCAACUGUGUUCCAGUAACAGUGUUUAACUUAAUUAGGGGGAAAAAAAAAACAAAAACAAACCAGUGUUGCCUUUGUUUGUUUGUUUUUAAUUUACAAAAAGCAGACAUGUACUCCACGUGGUUUUAGAGCAGCUCUCAGUUUACUUCAGGUAUCCCAUGUAUAUGUGUUUUAGGUAAAUUUUCACACAGCUGGAAGGGGUUAAUUUUGGGUCUUGCAUUAAAAUCAGAUUCCUAGAAUUUCAUUUUCUUGGUUUAAUCUUUCAUUGCUGAUGUGACAUAUUUUUGAUAAAUGUUAUUGCUUGACAAAAGUGUUUUUUUGUGUUUGUGUAUGUAGUGUAUGACUUGUCUAGUGAGAUAUUUUUUAUAUAACUUUUUUUUGUUGUUACUUUACUUGUCUUAGAGAAUAAAAGUUACUUGUUUUUACCUGUGUGAUACAGGUAUGUUCAUCAUGGUACCUAACAUGUUGUUACAAACAUGGGUUGCUUUUUCUCUUCUGUGAAGCUGUUGUCUAUAUAAAAUUGUAAACUGUAUACUCUGUAAAGUGAUGUUUUUGUCAUUCUGAAACUGUCAAGUGUUCUUUUGCUUCCCUAACAAAUGUAUUGGAAAACAAAAAUGUUUACCUGGCACUGUUAAAUAAAACAGUUUAAAUGUAA